UUUACUUCUUAUAUUAAUAUAGUAUUUCAAAUUUUGUUUUUUAUACUUAACUUAAUAAUUGAUAUAGGUAGCUAUUACCUCCUUCRGUAUAGGAGGUUUCCUAUAGGCACCGUCGAAUUCAAAUUCAACAAUAUAUUAUUAGCUUGUACGUAAAUGGACAACCCGAGGUAUAAAUACGAAUAUGGCGCACAACAAAAUUCAACCGUUAUCAAUGGCAAUCUGCAAUUAAAUAAUAAUACAGUAAAUAAUGAUGUUAUCUUGCCAGUGGACGAUGCGGAAUCGUCAAAACUAGAUUCUAACCAGAAGACGACAUUUACAUCACAUACUAAAAACCUCUAUCUAAAAAAUCUAACCACUUUUAUCAAAAGAAAACUAUUUAUAUUACAGUGGAUUCCCAAUUACUCGGGUGAUGACUUUCUUGGCGAUCUCUUGGCCGGUAUAACAAUCGGCUUAACAGUAAUACCUCAAUCAAUGGCAUUGUCUAGCAUAGUUGGGAUACCAGCUCAGUAUGGUCUUUAUAGUUCCUUUGUAGGGACAUUCAUUUACUUACUAUUUGGCACAAGCAAAGUAGUCCCGAUGGGACCAACCGCCAUCGUCGCUCUGUUGAUUAACAACACGAUCGGAACUCGGGGAUCGGCGUACGCAACGUUAUUGUGCUUCCUGAGUGGCAUAAUCCAGACGCUGAUGAGUUUUGCGGGCUUGGGGGUCAUCAUCAACUUCAUAUCUGUACCGGUGUCCUCAGGGUUCACGUCAGCCGCAGCUAUUCUUAUCAUCAUUUCCCAGGUGAAAGACCUGAUUGGCGUCAAAGGUGGUGGUGGAAACUUGUUGAGGAUGGUCCGAACAGUAUUAAAGCACAUCAAUAACAUUAGCACGGGAGACACAGUCAUGGGCUUCGCAUGCAUAGGGGCAGUGAUGCUCUUAAAGGCGUUCAGUGMUAUUCAGAUAGGUCCAAAAGAAGAAGAACUACAAACUCUGUGGCAAAAAUAUGUAAACAAGGUCAUCUGGGCGAUCGGUGCAUUUAGAAAUUCAAUUGUAGUGAUCGUAUGUAGUAUUAUCUGUUAUUGGUGCGUACAUACAACAAAUCACGAUAUUACGUCCAAUCAGUCACCACCAAUCCCGUUCAAUGUUAUAGGUAUGUAA